AUGCCGUCUCUCGACCCUAGCGAGUUGAACAUAGUCCUUGCGGUGCUUGGCGCUUUCACCAUCAUCUACGGGCUGUUCUCUGUUCUCAUCAAGCAAAAAUGGUACCUCGGCGAGGCUCUUCCAGCCAUGCUGGUCGGAAUCAUCCUCGGUCCCGUGGCGGCCAAAUUCCUGGACAAUACGCGCUGGGGACCCGGCUCGCUCAGUGAGCAAGACAAGAGCAAUAUCACCCUCGGCUUCAUGAGGGUCAUGAUCUCGGUGCAGCUUGUCAUCGCCGGCUUCCAGCUACCCGCCAAGUACGCCGUCAAGAAGUGGAAGGACAUGGCCAUCCUCCUGCUGCCGACCAUGACCAUGUCUUGGCUGUUGACCACGGCCUGCCUGAUGGCUACCAUCCCCAAGCUCACCCUGCUGGCCAGCCUCGUCAUCGGCGCCUGCCUGACGGCGACGGACCCCGUGCUGAGCCAGGCCGUCGCCAAAGGACCCUUUGCCGACAAGUACGUCUCGCGUCCGCUGCGUGAGAUAAUCAGCGCCGAGGCCGGCGCCAACGAUGGCUUCGGUUUCCCCUUCCUGAUGCUGGCCACCUACCUCAUGCGCAACACCGAGUUCCCGGGCCUGGUCCUCAAGCCGUCCGGGGAUGGGCACGGCGCCGAGGGUGCCGUUGAGGUCGCCCACAGGCUCCUGAGGCGCGCGGGCGACAUUGGACGUCUGGACGGCGGCCUCGGGACCGCCAUGAGGGACUGGCUGCUCGAGACGUGGCUGUACACCAUCAUCCUGGCGAUCGUGUACGGCGGCGUCAUCGGGUUUGGUGGCGGCAAGAUGAUCAAGUUCUGCCUGCGCAAGAAGUGGAUCGACGGCGAAAGCUACCUUUUGUUCCCCGUGGCCAUCGCCAUGUUCAUCAUCGGCACGGCCGGCAUGCUCACCACAAAUGACCUGCUGGCCUGUGUCUGCGCCGGCAUCGGCCUCAACUGGGACGGCGAGUACCUGGCCGAGACCGAGGAGCGCCACGACGAGGUCAACUCGUGUAUCGACGUCCUGCUCAACUUUGCCGGCUUCAUGUACGUCGGCGUCAUCAUGCCCUGGUCUCAAUUCCACGACCCCGAAGGAACCGGCAUCACCGUCCCACGCCUCAUCGGUCUUGGCUUCAUGGUGCUCCUAUUCCGCCGCAUCCCCGCCAUCAUGGCAGUUUACAAGGCCAUACCCACCUGCGUGUCUGGUUGGAAAGAGGCUUUGUUCAUGGGAUACUUCGGCCCCAUCGGAGUCGGCGCAGUCUUCUACGCCGAGCACACGAAGCACCUGUUCCCCUCCGUCGGCACCACCGGCGACGUUGCCAGCGACGACAUGAUCAAGGCCCUCGUCCCGUCCAUCUACUUCCUCGUACUCUUCUCCAUCGUUGUCCACGGGCUAUCGAUCCCGGCGCUCGACUUCAUGUACCGCGUGUCGGGCGUGAAGCCCAUCACCGACGACGCCGUGCAGCUGCGCCGCAAGUCGGCGGCCGUGGCUGCGCCCGCCAACGCCCGCGUCGACAGCGCCGAGCCCGAGUAUUUUGUCGCCUACAACCGCUUCAGCCGGCCCGUGCUCACGCAGGAUGCCGCCGCCGCCGUGCGGUCUAACCGCCGCACCGUGCUGUUCAACGGCCAGCGCGUCGACGGCCUCCCCUCUGCAAACAACGGCGGCUACCCGCAGCCGCAGAGACAGUCACAGGGACAGCAACAGCCUGGCACUAUUCUGUUUGCUCCGAGCAACAUGCCAAAGACGCCUGCGGAUGAGAGGGCCCGCCAGAACUGGGAGGAGGACGUCGAUCCCAUUGAGGAGGAGAAGAUCCGCGCCCGUCUCCGGGCUGCCAGCUUGCAGAGGCUGGGCUGA